UAAUGUACACUGAUCAUUUUGGUCCAGGUGAAGACAUGGUGCAGCUGCACUGUUGGGGAGACAGCUCCAGUGGACAGUUCGGUCCAGAGACAGCCCUCAGUCCGGUGUCCUGGACUGUCUCCGGGGUUAUAACCAGUAUCUUCUGCGGGGACCAGCACACUUUAUUCCUCACCAGGGAUGGAGGCGUUUUCUCAUGUGGAAAAAACUCGCAGGGACAACUUGGACGAAAGAAAUGUAAAGAUGGAAGGACACCUGGUCGUGUGGAGGGGCUGGGUGAUGUGGUGACGAUGGCAUGUGGUCAGGACCACUGUCUGGCUGUGUGUGCAUCUGGAAAGGUGUUCUCCUGGGGGGCCGCAGAGGAUGGACAACUGGGGAUAAAUCCAUCGCGCAACAAUUUCAGACCAAGUCAGGUGCCCAUACCAUUGCCAGUACCAGUGAUUCAAGUUGCCUGUGGAAACUCCCACUCUCUGGCACUGACUAAAGGUGGAGACGUCUUCUCAUGGGGUUUGAACAGUCAUGGUCAGCUGGGUCUAGGGAAGAAUGUGUCACUGCAGCACACACCUGUCCUGGUAUGUGCUCUGUCCGGUGUAGCAGUGACCCAGAUUGCAGCCGGAGCGACCCAUACUCUUUUCCUCACACUCCCAGGCCUGGUGUACUGCUGUGGGGCCAAUAAAUCUGGCCAGCUGGGACUCAACAGGGUGGAUGAGAAGGGCAGGUUUAACAUCUGUAUGGUACCUGCCCUCAGUCCUCUGGGUGUCUCCUUCAUAAGCUGUGGACAGGCGCACACUGCUGUGUUAGCGAAGGAUGGUAAGGUUUUCACGUUUGGAGAGGGAAGCCGCGGUCAGCUCGGUCACAACUCCGCUGCUAAUGAAGUGAGACCCAGACUGGUCGACGGUCUGGACGGACCCGCCUCCCAGGUUGCAUGUGGCCGAUGUCACACACUGGUUUUGGGCUCCUCUGGCCAGCUAUGGGCUUUUGGCAAUGGGGUCAAAGGUCAAAUUGGGACUGGACGAGCUGAGGACAGUCUGAGUCCCACUCUGGUUCAACUUCCAUGGACCGUUGACGAUGCAGCCGCCAUUCCCAGUGACUUGAAAAUAUCAGCUGGGUGGAAUACAAACUUCAUUUUCUCCUCACCUGCACAGAAUGUGGAUCGAGGACGGAUAACUGGGCGGCUCGAUGAGACAAAACUGCAAAGUUGGCUGUCAAUGACACAUGGCAAUGCAGAGGCGAGGAGAGAAAUAUCCAUGAUGUUUUUCACGAGUUCAAGUCUUGUUGCAAGUUUCACAAAAGCCAAUGGGUCUUCGUUGGAAGCAGGUGCCCUUACUGUGGACCUCGAGGCUGCUAGCCAAGCUUUUGACCAGCUGCUGGCGGUGCCAUGGAUCAAACAAUCAGUAAACCUAAAACUCCUGACUGACUUGCUUGUUGAAUCGAUGACUGCCCUAAAAUCGCCGGAGAUCCUGCUGAUUCUGCUGACAUGCCCCCUUUUUCAAGAAGACUAUAAUGUCAUGAAUGGGGCGUUGGGUCUGGCGGUCAUUCUUGGAAAUCUGAAUGAGAAGGCUCUGGAAUCACUAAGAGGCUGGUGGUCUUCCCUGACACCCUCCAUAUUGAUGAAGCACAUCAUGGUCUUCAAAAAGGCCCUGGCCUUCAUGCUAAGAAAUGGCCUCUUGGUAACUCACAACCCAGGAGUCAAAUACCUGAUGGAAGCCCUCAAACUACUUUACAAAGCAAAUAAAGCUGGAAAGUCCUACAAAGUCCCACUGAGCACAUUUUACGUGGAAGAGAUCAGUGGUAAUGUGCUGCCAAUCCAGGACGUCACUCUUUGGUGGGAAUUUUCUCAAGUGGAGGAUGAUGAAAACACACCCGCCAUCUUCUGCCGCUACCCAUUCCUGUUCACUCUAGUUCACAAGGUGGCGGUCUUUAACAUCUAUGCAUCAAUAAUGAAGAAAACACACCAGUUCAUCCAUAACGUCGCUCUGUUGUGGCCUGAUAAAGCAUUGGUAGACACCCAGAACUCUGCCCCCGCCCCAGUCUUCCAGCUAACCCUGAGACGAGCUCACCUCGUCGAGGACACCUUCAGACAGCUUGGUGCAGCUGACCACAGCGCCUUCCAAAAGGAGCUUUUGGUGAAGUUUGUAGAUGAGACAAGGGUGAUGAAUGUCAAUAAAAGGGACUUCUUCCUCCAUGUGUUUGAUGAGCUCACGACUCCCGAGUCUGAAAUGUUCAUGUUCAACGAGAGCAAGACUGUGGCCUGGUUCCCUCCCAGGUCAAAAGUGGAGGAGAACCAUUACUUCCUGUUCGGCGUUCUGUGUGGCCUGGCUCUUUACAACCACAACAUUGUCCACCUGCCCUUCCCACUGGUUCUCUUCAAGAAGCUGGUCAGGGUCAAACCCUCAAUGGAUGACAUGAAGGAGUAUGACCCUGUAAUAGCAGAGUCUUGGCGUUGCAUGUUGGAGGAUUACACUCCUGAUCAAGUCAAAGAACUGGAGAUUUCUUUCAGUGUGAUCUGGGGCGGUGAGAAUGUUGAGCUGGAUCCGAAAGAAGCUGGAAAACUUGUCACAGGCUCAAACAGGAAAGAGUACAUAGCUGCUUUUAUCAACCACGCCUUCAACAAGUCAGUGGAGAGUAUGUUUGAAGCGUUCAAGAGAGGGUUUUUCAAAGUGUGUGACAUGAACGUGGUGGACUUCUUCCAGCCGGAGGAGUUGCAAGCAGUGAUGGUGGGCCAAGAAACCUACGACUGGGAGGUGUUCAAGCAGAACACAGUUUAUGAAGGAGACUACCACGCCGGGCAUCCAAACAUCAUUACCUUUUGGGAGGUGUUUGAGAAUCUGACAGCAGAGGAAAAGAAAAAAUUCUUUUUGUUCCUCACAGGCUGUGACCGUGUGCCCUUCCUGGGAAUGAAGAUCAUCAGGAUGACAGUCGCUGUCUUGCCCAAUGCCACAGAACUCCAUUUGCCAGAAUCCCUGACCUGUAAUUGUCUCUUAUUACUGCCCAUGUACCAGAGGUACCCAGUGGACAGGACAAUGCAGACCAGGCUUCGUCAGGCUAUAAAUCACAACAGAGGGUUCUGGAAGAAAGACAACACUAGAGGCUGAAGUGACAGUGGCUUCUUUAAAAAAAAAAACAAAAAAAAACAGUAACUCACGUUCAAUUAAUUUAGGGCUUUUUUAUCACUACACACUCAUUUUUUAGUGUCAUCAAGUAAGUUGUAACUUUGGAGCCUUUGUGAUAUUAUCAACACAUGAAGGGACUUAAUAGAAGUAGCCCAGCAGUAGAGUCAUUCAGACAUAUGAAAUACUGGUCAAAAUAUAAUGUAGCUGUUAUUAUAAUCCUGCCUGUAUUUGUUUUGUUUUUUCAUUUUUCUUGUUGAUGCCACUUGCAUGUCAAAUGUUCAAGCCUUAUUUACAGCUUUCUGUUGUGGAGUCUAGAGUUAUGUAACAUAGAGUUAGGAUACUAACUACCGAGAUCAUGUGAAGGAGGGUGGAUAUUGGGCCAAAACCAAAAGUAAAGUUAGAAGUUAUUCAAGCACUGCCACUGCUUUCAGUCGCCAUUGUAACUCACUAUUAGCAUUAUGUACUCUCUAAAUCUUAAGCAAAAAUUUUAUGUUUGUGUCAUUAAAAAAAUGAUUACAGAA